AUGAGUCGUGAAGUAGGUCGACCGAUUUCUCGUCAAGCAUUAGGACGUACAGCAUUUAUCGGUUCACUUUAUGAUGCAACAACCGAUUUGUUUUGUGAACGUAUUAUUGUUAAUGAAGAUAUUCCACCCACAGCGAUUCGACAAUUGGAUGAAAAUCAUGGUCAUUCUUCGUACGAGUUCGAUACGGCCGUUUCAAAAAAAUUACGAAAAUUGAAUGUUGAUAUUUCGUUGAGUCUUAGUAUUCUUGGUGGAUUGGUCAAAAGCGCAGGAGCGAGUAGUAGCUAUUUAUACACUCGAGAUAAAACAAGUCAAAAUAUCGAAGCUACAUUUAUUCAUCGAUCGAUCACACGUACUGAAGCUUUGAACGUUUCGCAUAAAGACUUCAAAGUACGCGUUGAACCGACUGCACUACGACAUAAAAAUGCGACACAUGUUGUCACGUCAAUUCGAUGGGGUGCUGAUGUGUUCGCUCAAUUCGAAGCGAAAAGUACAACGGCAGAAUCGAAACAUACUGCAAAAGCUGGACUGCAACUGGAAUUAAAUAAGUUACUGAGUAAACUUAUUUCUGUUAAUCCCCGUAAUUCAGUUGCUGUACCAGUUGAAGCUUUACAAGCGGCUCCUUCACCAACAAUACCGACAACUGAAGGAAGUAUUCCAUCUGCUCCUACCGCACAAAUUGAAAAAGGAACAACUGCUCCACAAAUUUCGUUUGAGAGCACAUCAACUGCGACGACUUUUAAUUAUAAAAUAACUUUGUUCGGCGACUUAAUACCGACGACGUGUCCGAAGAAUAUCGAAGAAUUACUAGCCAUGAUUCCGAACAUCAUGACUGGUUUACAGAAAACAAAUGGUGGUAAAGGACGUCCACUCGAAUAUCUUAUGUUACCUAUUUCCGAAGUUGCGCAAAUCCUUGAUCAAGAAAUCGUUUCUGAUCGAAUCUUUCGAGCCGUCGAAGAGAGCGUGACACACGAAAUUGAAGCGAUAUUUGACGAAUGCGAUCAGUUACGAACAACUGUUCGAACGAUAUUUACUUCAAUUGAGAAAGCCGAAGAUUUCUUUCUCGAAAUAGAAAUCAAUGAAAUUAGUUCGCACAACCAGGCAAUGUCUCACUUUUCGCGUGACAUCCGGGAGAAAAUCGGUAAAAUGUUAGUACAAGUUCGAAGUUGCCACACACAACCAUCUGAACUGGAUCGACUACUAGUGGAAGUUGAAUCUCAGCUUGCAGAACAGCGAAUCAAGGUCAAAGAACUUCAACGCGGCGAUUUGAAUGAAAAAUUAAAAUACAUAAUUGAACUCCGAGAGAAAGAUGUUAUCCCUGUGCGCGAACCCGACUCACUUUCAUUGAUACAAAAUAUUCAUCCCAGACAUAAACUAAUCGUUCUUUACACAACAAAUGAACUACGAAAAAGCUCGAGGGAUCGAUGGAUCAACGUUUACUAUGAACUCAUUCGUCGAAUCGAAGCAAGUAGUGAAGGAAAUGGUCGAUUCUUGUUCUGUUAUUUCGAUUAUGAUUUACAUCCAAAUUUUCAACCGCAGUCGAAAAAACUCGAGGUACGAGAAUACGUUGGUGCUCCAGUUACAGUCCCCCUACCUCGUUCUAAGUCGUCUCUUCUUGCACGGGAAGAAAGUAUUAAUGGUGGAAUUGAUGCAUUACUCAGAAAUGUGAAUAGUGUUGCAACAGAAUCUAUUGCUAAAUGGCACCGAGAUGCUAAAGAACGUUUGGACGAAAUGUUCGCUAAAUCGAACAGUUGCAUUCUAACUCGCUAUUCUCCAUCGUUGACGUCACGAAAUGAAGUCUUCGAAAAACUGCGACGAAAUCAAAAAAAUAUUUUAUUAAUUGGCCGUUCACGUUCAGGCAAAUCGACAUUUAAACAUAUUCUUGCCGAUCCAACGUGGAUCGCAAAUUCAACAAAACCAUAUUCUCAAACUGAGUUUCCUAUAUUUGAACAAUACAGCGUUUCAGGAACGGAUGUCAUCAUUAAUUUGAUCGAUACACCAGGUCUUUUCCAACGAACGGCAAACGCAUCAUCAUUGCCAGAUAAUACAACACUAAUACGAUUAAUUGAUGACUACAUUCGUUCUAAAGUAGUCCACAUACAUUUUAUCUGUUUCUGCAUAUCGAUGGAAACAAAAAUCAGUACCGAAGAUCUUCAUACGAUUCAAACAGUUUUCGAUUUCCUCGGUCCUGAAAUUCGUAAAAAUUCUUGUGUUAUUGUCACUAAUUGCGAAUCGAAAACGGAAUCAGAAUUAGAAUCCAUUCGUCGAGACAUGCAAACAAAUCUUGAUUGGAAAGUACUUUCCUCCCAAAUGAAGCAAGGUUUAUUUUUUACCGGAUCGAUUCAUCAAGAAGAUUGGAUUGACACUUCUCAAGCCAUUUACCAACAGUUCGAGAAUGUUUGCAAAUAUCGCAAUGAACUUUUAAAUUUAUUCAUCAACGCCGAUGUCAAAUCGUAUGAAUUGACAACGAAUGUAAUCGGAAGAAAAAUCAAAGAACAAAUUGAUUCACGAAGCAAAACGAAAGCCAAAUAA